AUGCCGCCAACGACUCCCCCUGAAUACCUCCUAACCUUUCGCAUCCCCAACACGCACCCGAGGCCCCCUAACUGCAUUAACUGCGACAAGUACUUCCACUGCAUUGGCAACUACCGCGCCGUCUAUGAGUGCAACAACUCGGAGGAUGCUCGGCGCGCCGCUGAAGCGAUCAGCGACUGCCCCGAGGAAGCCGACAACGCGGGAGCCGACAGUGCUGCCGACCAGGAGGCCAACCGCUACGGCCGAGGCGGUGGCGACUGUGCCCACCGGUACCUGGCUGCGGUGCGUUGCGCUUACAACGCGCAAACCAGGAGGUGCGGAUGAGGCCGCGAAAUCAAGCUGCGGAGUCAUGCAUGUUGCGAUCUCCUUGAGCCAUUUGAAAUAAGGCCACUCUAAUCUUUCA